CGCUCCCAGAAACCCUAAGGUUCCUCCUGCUGUGUGCGAGCUGCCCGCCCAAGUCAGCUGACUCCGCUUUUGUGUGGGGCACGGUUGACAAAAGAAAUCCGCCUUUCGCGGCCGCCUUCAAAUCCCGACUUCUUUUUCUUCCUCGUCAAGCACCUUCACACCGUCUACAGAUUGCUGAGGAAGACAUUGUGUCUAGUAGGCAAUCAUGCAGAUCUUCGUGAAGACCCUCACGGGCAAGACUAUCACCCUUGAGGUGGAGUCUAGCGACACCAUCGACAAUGUCAAGCAGAAGAUCCAGGACAAGGAGGGCAUCCCCCCUGACCAGCAGCGCCUGAUCUUCGCUGGCAAGCAGCUCGAGGAUGGCCGCACCCUCUCCGACUACAACAUCCAGAAGGAGAGCACCCUCCACCUCGUGCUUCGCCUCCGUGGUGGUGGUAAGAAGAGAAAAAAGAAGGUCUACACCACCCCCAAGAAGAUCAAGCACAAGCGCAAAAAGACCAAACUCGCUGUGCUCAAGUACUACAAGGUCGACUCCGACGGCAAGAUCGAGCGUCUUCGCCGCGAGUGCCCUAACGAGACCUGCGGUGCCGGUGUCUUCAUGGCCGCCAUGCAGGAUCGUCAGUACUGCGGUCGCUGCCACCUCACCUACGUCUUCGAGAAGAGCUCUUAAAUUGCUGGAAAGCUUAGGGGCAUGAUCUGGGACGGGGAAUGACAAUACCACAUCUCGCUAGGAUCGGAACUUCAUGUACGGCGUUUUGAGCGGACAUCAGGGUACCUUUCACUGGCGAGGGAAAGCAAAAAUGGGAAUGGCAUGACCAACUUGGCCGAAUCAUUUUUACUUGAAUUUCGCUGCUGGCUGUGAUUGUGAAAUAUGUUUCAUCUACCAUGACACUACCAAGUGUACGACGACAUUCACCAUCCUAUCCAUCAACAUACACGACUACGACCUAAUUCCCCGGAAACCCAGCCCGCAAGUUGUCAUACUUGGUGUUCGGGUAGUCGAUGCAGUUGCCGUCCCAACGCAACGCCGGGAGGCCGCCCAAACCCUCGACGACGGUACCAAUCAAGCUAUCAGGGCCUUCCUUAUCAGCACUGCUUUCCCACCACAUGGCACCACCAAGGCCUCUCUCCCGGAUAUACUCGGCCUUCAUCCUCGCCAUGCCAGGCGUAUCAUAGCUGACCAGCGUCUUGGUUCCCGGAUGAUAGCAAUACGUAGCACCAGAUUCGUAAUCGACGCGUUCCUCGGCUCCCUCCAACGGCAGCUUCUUGUAAUCAUGCACGCCAUUCUCCCACGUCCCCUCGCCAACACCACUAUACGGCUGCCCCAAUCCCUCGGUGCCCUGAAACGCGCGCCCGUACAGCGGCAUGCCCAAGACGAUCUUGUCGGCCGCCACGCCUGUCGACAAGUAGUACUCGACGGCGCGCUGGGUACUGAAGGGCGUGGCAGCCGGGUUGCUGUUGCAAUGGAAUAGAUUGGCCUGGUGGCCCGCCACCUGGUCCCACGAGCCAGCGUAGUCGUACGCCAUUAGGUUCCAGAAGUCGAGGUACCGGUCCAUUCCUGGCAAGUCCAUCUUCUCGUAGUUCUGCGGGCCGGCCGGGCAGGCGACACUCAUCUCAAAGUGGGGGUUCCCAGGGACGGUGGAGGCGUAGGCGUCGAGGGCGGAGCGGCAGGCUGAGAGCAGAGAGACAAAGUCGGAGGCUUCUUGGGCGUUUUGCGGGUAUUCCCAGUCGAUAUCGAGGCCGUCGAAGCCGAGGUUUUUGACCUAUUUGGUUGGCAGUGUUAGCUUUUAGUCCCGAACAUGGACUAGGAAAAGAUAUGUAAGGAAGAUGAAGAUCUAGAGACUUCCAAAACGUACAAGUUCAACAGCACUUUCAGCAAACCUCCUCCUCCCCUCUUCUUUACUCGCCGGCUCCUUGAAGUUGCUGCUGUAUGUCCACCCGCCAAUCGACAGCAGCACCUUGAGGUUGCG